AUGAACGCACACCCAUCUAUGCCAGCACUGACUCACCUGCUUUCCAAGUACCCCAAGACCUCUGGCAGCCUGUUCUUGGUCUACAAUGACGUUGUCUACGCGCAAUCAUGGACAGACGUUGAAUUGGUGGAUCUUGGCGAGCAGUGCCCAAGAGGCGCCAUCAAGGGUCGCAGACCGAACACGGACUUAAAUGAGCCUGCCUAUGUCGUCCCCUGUUCUUUGGCUGAAACAGUGUCCUAUGCAUGGUUGCAAUCUGCUUUCAAAUCACUCUCAGAUCCACCGGAGAUGUACCUGGGAAUAACUGCAGAUGAUUCCUCGAUUGUCUACUACAAGAUUAGUUCCGGCAUUGUCAAGCCACCAGUCUAG